AUGGCGAUCCUUAACCACUUGCUGCUAGCUUCAUUUUUGGUGCCUCUGGUGCUGAGUUCCCCUUUCUUCCCACCAACAUGCUACUCCAAGGUACUGAACUUGGCACGAGAGCUCACCCAGUGGGCCGCACAUCUGAAGUGGGACCCUGAAACUAGUAGGUGCAUGGCACACAUGCCAGAUCUCUACCUUGAUGUCCAUAACGCCUGCGUGAUGUACAAAAUAAGGAGCUACAUCUCCCUGCUGGAGGGCCUGCGACAGCGCCGCUGUGCCUACACCCGAGACGUGAGGAAGCUGUGGGGCAAUCUGAGACAGCUCUUCAUCUUCAUGGGGGAGAAAUGUCACGGGGACUUGGUGUUCACGAUCUUUGACUGUGCUGCACUGGAGCGUUAA